AUGUCCGCAUUACCUCGGGGCAUCCUGUCCUCUGACACCAAUUCCAACGGCACAGUACGACUGAUUUUCUCGAUGGAUAAGCCGAAGCCGCCAGCCAGUACAUAUACCAAUCAGGAUUCGAGGUCCACGAAGCGCACCACGCGCCUGUGGACUAUCUGGAACAGGAUAUUAGGGUGGGAGCCUCCGCAACAACAAGACCGGCCGAGUACUCCGGACACGGGGGAUCUGGUCAUUCAAUAUCCUGCCCGAGGGACGCGGAGAAUACAUAUGAGGUAUAUGGUGAGGCAAAUGGUGGAGCAAAUAAUGUCUGGACAGACGGGUACGAUCGACGAAGUCAGACUCGUUGAGCACAUGGACAGCGAACAACAUCACGCUGUCAAGCUCAAAGGUCUUCCGAUACGAAGUGUUCACACAUUAGGGGAUGGAUUUCAGGUCACAGCGACCAAACCAGAAGAUGCCGAAAUGCUUCGGAACAUCAUCGGCUGCGGGGUUGUGCUGGAUUGUGUCCUGGAAUGUGUUCCACCGGUGAUGCCCAAGGAGGCAAACCCAGUGUUGAGUUGGACCAGGUCCUUCAGACCCGGUCCUACGCAGUCGCUGCCGUCGGCGGAAGUUAGAGAGGUAAACAACUAG